AUGGAACUUACUCCAGUAAGGCAGAGGAAACGUAACAAGCGCUGGCUUUUCUUCGAGGUUCCUUCCGUUGAGGAGCUUGCGGGCAUUCCCGAUGAAGAACUUGCGAAGCGCACACUUCCAAAAGGUUUUUAUUUAUGGUUUUUUGCUCAUCACAUGCGAACCAUUUACGCCGUGCUAUCCGAACACGUUUAUCUUACUCGCGGGGUGCUAGACUAUCUGUACGACUAUCUCCGCUGGGGGCCGAACAAGAUUCACAAUAAAUUGUUUAUAUGCUCCUCUUACAACCGGGAAAUGCAGUGUAGCAAUGGUUUUCUGUGCCGAGAGGUGCAUUGUCCCUUCAAUACAGAUACCGCCAUGGAGGCAAGUAUUUAUAAUGUCUUUAGUAACGCGAACGGGUGCCCAACUUCAACCGAACGAAAAGAAAAGAGUCUGAAACAUCCGCCAAAUGUGUUGUUGUGGCACUCGUUGCAUUCGCGAUGGACUCCACCAUGGGCUUACCCAACGCUCCCUCGAGGCGCAACUUUCCGUGUGGCGAUGCCGAAUAAUCCAAAGCCUGUGGAGGAAUUUGAUAGUGGGCGAAUUUUUGUGACAAAAGUGGUGCGUGAGUACUAUGAGCGUUUUCUGCGUAACGAGCCCCCGACGGUUACUCUUCAACACUGCGCCAACUACUCCAAGAACGGCGUAUGUUGCUUUGGCCAGAAUUGUCAGUUUGUGCAUGUUGUGAGUCACACCGGAGAACGCGCUGAAAAGGAUGCAUCCGUGGGCGAUCUUUCUAUAAGCAGCGCACCCGGUAACGCUAACGUUUCCAUUCGACCGAUUCCUGGACAAAAAGGGAAUAGUACAACGUUUUCCGAGAGCUGUGGAGAGACAUCAAGGACAAGUUGUCCUAUGAUGCACUUUUCGCUUUCCUCUUCGCCCAGCACAUCGGUGAAUGCGCCGCCACGCGCUAUCUCUACAAAAAGUGUGGCAUCUGACACCAGUAUGCUUAAUACGCAGCUUCUUCUUUUAUCAACGCCUUUGAUGCAGACGGGGCAAUCACCACAAUCAAGAGAGAACUGCCAAAAACAAAUUCAGCUACAACAGUCGCAGCCGCAAUUGCAACCGCAAAAACAGGGGCAACUCCAGCCUUGUCUUUCAACUGGGUGUUUACCUCAAUUCAAUCCAGCAACCGCAUCAUUUUUCCUGUUACAAGGACCAGAAAAAUCCCAGCCGAUAUCGCUUCAGCAAAUGUAUGCACUCCCGGUCCCUCCACAGGAUGGCAACGCAAAGGGUGUAUCACCUCUUUACUUUAUGCCGUACUAG